AAGCAUCUUCUUGAAACCCAUCUCAAUUCUCUCCUCUUGACAACAUGUGUUGCAACUACUAUGGCAACUCCUGUGGCUAUGGCUCCGGCUAUGGCUGUGGCUAUGGCUGUGGUUAUGGCUGCGGCUAUGGCUCCGGCUAUGACUGUGGCUAUGGAACUGGCUACGGCUGUGGGUAUGGCUGUCGGUUUGGCUCCCGUUAUGACUGUGGUUAUGGAACUGGCUAUGGCUGUGGAUACAGCUCUGGCUCUGGCUACUGUGGCUACCAGCCAUUUUGCUUUAGAAGAUGCUAUUCUUCCUGCUAAAAUAUCACUGUCAGACGACCAUUUGCUUCUAAAAUGACACAUCUAAAGAUAAUGCUGAUUCAAGGAUUCAUACUCCAAGAUUUCUAUAUCCAAGAAUUACAUGCUUGACAGAGUUUUGGACCUCUAGCCUCACAUUUCUUUGAAUGAAAUCACGGCCAUGGGAUCCAUGGUGUCAUCUGACUGUUUUCCAAAUGUUAUCUUUUUCUCCCUUAAUCUCUGAUUCUCUGUUAUGACUGCAGAGAAUGACUGUUAAUGAUCAUAACAUCCACAGUUGGGGAAGUCAAUCUUUUGCAAUAAAAAUGGUUCUUUAUUUC